AGCAUCCCUGUGAAGACCAGAUUGGAUUAACGUCUGACCCAUCCAGCACAUGACCUCUACCUCCAACUGACAGCACCCAACCACCACCACCACUCUUCGAAGCAAUGACCUUAUUUGAGAAUGUCACCCGGGCCCUGGCCAGACAGCUCAAUCCCAGAGGGGACCUGACCCCCUUGGACAGCCUCAUUGAUUUCAAGCGCUUCCACCCUUUCUGCCUGGUCCUAAGGAAGAGGAAGAGCACAUUGUUUUGGGGUGCCCGUUAUGUCCGCACUGACUAUACCCUCCUAGAUCUUCUUCAACCUGGGACCUCACCAUCAGAUCCAUCAGACUCAGGGAGCUUCUCUUUCAAGAAGAUGCUGGAUGCCCGCCUGGAGGGUGAAGUAGAUGUUCCCAAAACAGUAAAAGUCAAAGGGACUGCAGGGCUCUCCCACAGCAGCACACUAGAAGUUCAGUCUCUCAGCGUUUCCCCUAAAGCUCUGGAUGACUUACAGAAAGAGAGGAAGCUUGUGCCUGAGCACUCAUUCCUAAAGGAGAUAAAGCAAAGAGGGGAGAACCUGUAUGUGGUGAUGGAAGUUGUGGAAACUGUGAAAGAAGUCACCCUGGAGAAUGCUGGGAAAGCUUCAGGAUGCCUCUCCCUCCCCUUCUUUGCCCCUUUAGGCCUACAGGGGUCCUUAGAUCACAAAGAGGCUAUCACUAUCCCCAAAGGCUGUGUCCUAGCCUUCCGAGUGAGACAACUGAUAGUCAAAGGAAAGGAUGACUGGGACAUUCCCCAUGUCUACAAUGAGAACCUGAAAACCUUCCCUGACGAAAAGCCUGAAGAGAAAAUAUUUUCCUUUAUCCAGACAUCUGAUAUUUCUGAAGUUCCAGAAGAUUUUGGGUCACUUAAGAAAGAAGUGCAAAGUGAGGCCCAAGAAGUGGCCAAGUUGAGCAAGGAAGGGCAAGUGUCACUACUCAAGUCCCUCAGAAACCUUCUAGGGAAGAAACAAGACCUCCAAGACCUAGAGCUGGCGUUUGAAGAAGCUCUGAACAAGGGGCAUCCUGUGUCCCUGGAAGCCAGCCCAAAAGAUAUUGAACUCUCCCGUGAUGUUGUGGAAGGCAUUCUGUAUUUCCUUGGAGCCCUGACAGAGCUAAGUGAAGCCCAACAUAAACUACUAACAAAGUCCAUGGACAUGAAGAUUUUGCCCCUGCAGCUGAAACUGGUGGAGAGUGUUAUGGAGCAAAACUUUCCAAAGACAGAGGAAGGUUUAUGUCCCCUGAACCCUGAACUACUAUCCUCCCUUGGGGAUGAGGAAUUGACCUUCACUGAGGCUCUGGUGGGGCUGAGUGGCCUGGAAAUGCAGAGAUCAGGCCUCAAAUAUAACUGGGACCCUGACACACUCCCCCAACUCUGUGCUCUGUAUGCCAGCCUCUCCUUCCUCCAGCAGCUAAGCAAAGAGUCUUAAACUCUUCUUUCCCCUGCUUCCAACUUUUCUUCUCUUAGACUAUUUUCCCUCAAGCUCUUUUCUCAUUAUUCUUACUGGUAUAAGAUUCAGAACCACCAAAUAACAGUGUUACUGAAGAUGAAAGAAACCUCACUCAUGGGGAUUUAGACUCUGCCCUCCCUGACACUGUCUAUCAGUUGAAACAAACUCUCUAAAGAAGUGGUUCCUUUAGAAAAAAAUUUAAAAAAAUAAAAACCUAAAGAUCAUUUAAACAAGGAAAAAUAUUACCUACUACACCUACUUUUAAUUGCCCUUCCCCCCCAAAUAAAUCUCCUUAGACUAGCAAGAAUAGGAUUUCUUUAAUUAUCAUGUCAAUAAUUAAUUCAUGCCAGAAAUGUCAGUAUGUCAGUAUGUCAGAAUGGCUAUAUAUUGUAUAGACGGUUUGUAAAAGAUUCAUUUACAAAUGAAUGGCCUACAGUUACUUUGCAGGAUUUUCUCACUUUCUUGACUCAUGGUUCCUACCUAACAAACUAUCUGUAUGAUGCCUUUCAAUAUAAUGUGUCUCAUGAGGUUUUCAGGAUUUCAAAAGAAAAUUGUAUUAAAAGUUAGGAAAAUAUUCUUGAAUUGGAAUCCCAAAGAUUUGUCAGUUGUGAGCCACUGUUAAACGUCCGAUUUCAGUAGCAAAUCUCUCCCCUAUCUAGUUCAGUCUUGACUUGCUGCUUCCCAUAGGGAACAAAGUGAGGAUUAGAUUUCUUUUCUCUCUCUUCAACUUCUUGCCAUUCCACAUUCCCCAAGCCAAUUUACUAGUCUGUCAGAUGAAGUGAGAACAAGAUUCAAGAGAUCCUUGGGCCCUAACAUCCCCACCCCAAGCAAAUCAAACAACUCCAGUUCCAGAAUCCUACUCCCCUGUUGUCAGGAUUGUUCUCUAUAGAGUUUCCCUUUUUUUUUUUUCCUGUCCUAUCUCCACUAGUUAUUAUCCCAAACCAUCAGUGCAUAUAACUUCUAGUGGAAAUAACUUUUUCUCCCUAGCUAUUCAAAAAGAAAAGGAGUGCAGAAGAAAAAAAGGUCCCAGGACCAGGCACUAUUAUAAACAAUACAAGAGCAUUUUACAAACUACUUGGAGGAAACACCAAUGUUCCAUGAACACCUUGGGAACUAUUCCUCAAAAACCAGCAGGAGUUGAAGGAGUAUGAAAUGUCAGGUCCAAAAACAGGAAACAUCUCCAAAUAGAAUACAAUCAGGAACCAUUUUAGGAAUAUGACACUAAAGGAGCAGAUAUUGAAAAUGAAAGAUGACAAUAUAGAGGUAGGACAUUAUUUUUAGAAGUAGCAGCAGUACAACCUUCCAAAAUGACUGACAUUAAGAAACCAAAACUGGAUGAAGGGGAAAAUCCAGAUAUAAAAUUAUCUCAGAAAACUUUAGUCACUAUAUUAUUAAGUAUUAUCAUUCAGCCUUGUGACCCCUGUUCAGGCUGAUCAGAAAGAUGAUAGGCUGAUAUAACAGACAUUAAAAUCUAACAAAAGGUUUUAGGUUAACAACAUCAAUACCUUAACUAGGUUUUAACUAAACUCAAAAAUAAAAACAUAGAAGCCACAACUAAUACACAAAUCAACAUGGCUUUAUUAAGCACUUAUUAUGUGUCAGACGCUAUGAUAAGUGCCAGGAAUACAAAGGAAGAUGAAAACCAGUCCUUAUGCUUUCAAGAUAGUCUAAUGAGAGAGACAAUAUGCAAACUAUGUUCAAAGAAGAUAAACUAAGAUUAAGGUGGUAUGAGAAUGUUUUAUUGAAAUGGUUUAAUGGUUUACUAUAUGAAGUCCAGUGUGUUUACCUUUCAGUAAGGAAAGGUAUCAUUGUUGGGAGGGAGUUGGUUUCUUGGAAAUGACUGUGUCAAAAUAAAGCCCAUUGAUUUCAAAAACAAAAUUAAGUCAUAUAACACAGUUAGUUCUUCAAGGGUCAUAAGCCAAAGGAAUCAAGUCUCCAUUCUUUUUUUCCUCUCUUCUAAGAUUGGUUUCCUCAUUCCCUAAGAAUUCAUGACCAGUUUCCAAAUGCUUUAUAUCAAACAAUCAUCCUCCACUCUUGAAUAUCUUCCAAAACUUUGCUACAUUGCUCACAGUGUAACAUGUAAUUGUCUUUUGAAUUGGUUGCUCUUUCCUUUUGAUGUAAUCAUUAUAAACAAAUGAGCUAAGAGCCUAACAAUCUAAAAGGGUGGAGGACUCAUAAAUUAUAAUAAAGCUAGUUUAUUUUCUUUCUUCCUAACUCUUGCCCACCUACACCAAAAUGCCUAAUGUGUUUUGACAAUAUCUUUUGACAUACAUUAUCUGAACUAUCUGUAACAAAUCACUUAACCACUCUAAACAAAGUUUCUUCAUCAUUUUAAAUAUAUCAUUUAUACUUACAUUUAAAUAAAUCAUUUAUAUUUUAAAAUAUAAGAGUUGGACUAGAUCAAAGCUUCUUAAACCGUGGACCACAACUCUAUAUGAGGUCCUGUAACUAAGAAUUAUGAUUUACCAGUAAAUGUUUAAUUUGUAUAUUUUAUAUAUCUGUAUACCUGAAUAUAUGUGUAAAAACUCCUCGGAUGAAGAGUUUAAAAGUGAAAAUUUUUUUAAGUAGUCCUGGCCUAGGUCAGUAAGAAUAUUUUAAUGUUUAAAAACUUUUAAUGUUGUAAAAAUCCUGUCUUUUGUCCUCCUCCCCCACUUCCUACCAAACUGAGCAUACUCACUCCCUAAAUGUUUUAUUCACUCUUCAUUCAUUCAUCAAAUAGUCCUUGAACAUCUUAUCAUCUGCUAGGAGAAAUAGUGCUUCUAUCUCUAGCCUUGACUAUAGCAAUAGCCUCCCUACUAGCCUCUCUGCCCUCUACUCAUCCCACACACAGCUACCAAAUUAAUAUUCCUAGAGCACAGGUCUAAUCAUGUCAUUACCCAGCUCAUAAAGCUCUAAGAGCAAAAUAAAAUAAAAUAAAAAAUAAAGCUCCAAUGGCUAUUAGCUCUAGUUAAAAUAACUCCUUUGUUAACCAUUUAAAGUCCUUCACAAUCUGGCUCUAGCCUACCUUUCCAAGCAUAUUAAAACACACUCUAUAAUCCAGCCAAAUGAGUCUACUUGUUAUUCCUCCUGAACAAUUUUCCAUUUUUGUGCCCAUAUCCAAACUAUACCUCAUAUCUGGAAGGCACUCCCUCCUUUCUUUCCCUUCUUAGAAUCCAUAGCUUCCUUCUACAUGUAACUCAAGGGCUACCUCCUUCAAAAGACUUUUCCUGAUCUCCA